AUCAUGUGCGGUACACGUCAAAUCUCAUGUGGUGUUUCGAGUGAUGUGUAUUGACUACUUUAGAGGGACACUCGAGGUGGUAGCAGAUUAAAAAUUAAAAUUAUUUUUCUACCAUAUAAUCGUCAAUUCAUACGGAAGAAUCAAAAUGGGAGGGUUAUUGAGCUAUUUUCGGAACCUCCUUGGAAGUCGGGAAAUGAGAAUCCUUAUACUCGGAUUAGACGGUGCUGGGAAAACAACAAUACUUUACAGAUUACAGGUUGGUGAAGUAGUCACAACAAUUCCCACUAUUGGCUUUAAUGUGGAACAAGUGACAUAUAAGAACCUGAAGUUUCAAGUGUGGGAUCUGGGAGGACAGACAAGUAUAAGGCCCUACUGGCGCUGCUACUAUUCCAACACAGAUGCUAUCAUCUAUGUAGUGGAUUCUGCUGACAAAGACAGAAUAGGCAUAUCAAAGGAUGAACUGCUUUAUAUGUUGAGAGAGGAUGAACUGCAAGGGGCAAUACUGGUAGUUCUUGCCAAUAAACAGGACAUUGAAGGUUCUCUGAGUGUUGCUGAAGUCCACCAGGCAUUAGGACUUGAUGCUCUCAAGAACCGGACAUUUCAAAUCUUCAAGACUUCAGCGACAAAGGGAGAAGGCCUAGACUCUGCCAUGGACUGGCUGUCAAAUGCUCUUCAGAACCGGAAAUGAUGAAUCUAGUGCCAAUCAAAAACAAACUGUUUUAAUUGUUAAAAAUUUUUCCUUAAUUAAAUGCACAGAGAUGGCUGAUGUCUGAAACAUUCGGGGAGGGAGCUUUAAUAUGUAUUUUAGCAUGUAGGUGGAAUGGAUUCAAAGAUGGGUUGAUGUCCCAAGUGAAGUUGCUGGCAGUGCUGAGUGAGAGAGAAAUAGAACAGUCUGAACAGAUCACACAAUACAGGAUACACAUCUCAUGUGAUGCAAUAAAAUUGUCAUCAUGUGAUUGUGCCUAUUGAUCUUGUGGGCCAGUUGGUAUGAUUUAGAUACAUCUUAUUGUGUUCUGUCCAUAACUUAUGGCCAGUCGAUUAACAAGUUGCUAUGUAUGCGAGUCAUAUAAUGUGGAAAGAUUGGCGUCUUAUUUCUAGAAUAUAACUUUCCAUACAAAAGUU